UGAAAAAGAAUUUCGAAAAUAAACUUUAAUCCUGCCCCUGUUUCAUCUCCUUUCUAGCUCGUUCUCAAACUUUCUCUGCUCUUAAACUGUAGAGGAGAGAUUUUCUCAAUUCCGACAUGGGAGUACCGGAGACAGACCCACUAGCCCAGCUGAGCUUGCCGCCGGGUUUUCGGUUUUACCCGACUGAUGAGGAGCUUAUGGUGCAGUAUCUAUGCCGGAAAGUUGCUGGGCAACCUUUUCCUUUGCCGCUUAUAGCUGAAAUUGAUUUGUACAAGUUUGAUCCAUGGGUUUUACCGGAUAAAGCGAUAUUUGGGGAAAAAGAAUGGUACUUUUUCAGUCCUAGAGAUAGGAAGUACCCAAACGGAUCUCGACCCAAUAGAGUUGCCGGGUCCGGUUACUGGAAGGCCACCGGAACGGACAAGGCUAUCAUGACGGAGGGUCGGAAAGUUGGCAUCAAGAAAGCUCUGGUGUUUUACAUCGGUAAAGCUCCAAAAGGAAUCAAAACUAAUUGGAUCAUGCAUGAGUAUCGUCUCAUAGGCAACCAGCGCAAAAAUGGAAGCUUAAAGCUAGAUGAUUGGGUUUUGUGUCGAAUUUACAUGAAGAAUUCAAGCUCUCAAAAACCCACCAUGGGGAGCGUUGCAAGCAAAGACAAUAGCAACAAUGUCUCUUGUUCUUCUUCUUCGUCGCAGCUCGACGACAUGGUCGAUUCCUUCCCAGAGAUAAACGACCGUUCCUUCUCUUUGCCACAGAUGAACUCGCUGAAAACGCCCCAGAACUAUGAGAAAAUGGCAUUUCAGAAUCUGGGUAGCGAAAAUAUAGACUGGGCGAGUCUCGCUGCGCUCACCUCAGUGCCGGACCUCGUUCCAGGAGGGUAUACGCAGGCGCAGGGUCAGGCAAUUCCAAGCUAUGCAAGCAAUGACGCUUACUUCCCCCCCAUCCGGCCGCUCGGCCAGGUGGGUUCAUCGGCGAACAAAGGUCGUAAUUCGGUGGAGGAAGAGGUGCAGAGUGGGAUCAGAAAUCAUCAGCGAGUUGAGAACUCGGGAUUCUUUCAACAGAACCCGGGCUGGUUGACUCAGAACUUCUCCAACUCGGUUGAUCCGUCCUGGUUCGGAUACCCGACUCAGACCAACGGGUUCGGGUUUAGUCAAUGAAAAAUCACUGGAAAAUAUUAUUAAGAAAGAAUUUUAUGUACAUAUUUGGAAUUCUUUGGCUAACCUUUUUGGCCUUAUUGAUUCCAAUUUCCAAUUAAAACUUGAAAGAAAAAAAAAGUUGUGGGGGUAGAUUUAAAUUGAGGGUGGGUAUGGUAGCACUAAAGCAGCACCAAAAUUGGGAUAAUUUGGAGCUAGCUCUUUUUUGUUGCAUAGAGAAGAUGGAUGGAAUGUACAAAGCACUUCUUUUGUACAAGACAAAUCUCCAAAAUCAAUUGAGGAUGUGAAUUUUUCCUUCUUUAUGUAAACAUACAUUGAUAGAAUGAAAAUUUACUUGUUAG